AAGUGUUAACCAAAAUGAUAAAAAAAGCCUUGAAGAUAUUAUCACUUCUGGUUGUGAUGUGGCUGGUGUCUUUAGUGACUAUAGUGACGGAGUUUCGACCAGGAAAGAUGAUGAUAGUGGGCGACAAUCGCACUUAUGACCAGGCCUUAGAUAUGUACAAAUAUAAGUACUGGAGCGAUGGGGCUCCCUUUAACGAGUCCAACUUUGAAGUUUGGCAGCUAUUAGAGCCAGUCAAAACUGUGCUAUCUGUAGAUGACAAACUGUCAGCUGUUAAAAGUUACGACUUACCGCCAGGUGUUGAUGGCAAGCCAGUUCUCCUAAAUGAAAAUCUCAAAAACUACCUCAAGCAUCAGGUCCAGAAAGGCUGGAAGAGUCACGCUUUCAACCAAUUUGUCAGCGAUAUCAUACCGUUGAAUAGAAGUUUGCUAGACGUUAGAGAUGACUGGUGCAAAACACAGAACUAUUCAAAAGUGUUGCCACAAGCAACGAUAGUGAUAUGCUUCCAUAACGAAGCUUGGUCCACUCUGUUACGAACUGUCUACUCCGUUCUAAACAGGUCACCUGAUACGCUUGUGAAGGAAAUAAUUUUAUAUGAUGACUUUUCUUCGAUGGAUCAUCUGCUGAAGCCAUUGGAGGAAUAUGUACGCUCAUUGCCCAAGGUCAGGCUACUACGAGCGCGUCGUCGUGAAGGCCUUAUCAGGGCUAGAAUGAUUGCCAUAAAAGAUGUGACCACCCCUGUCAUUGUCUAUUUGGAUAGUCACUGCGAAGCUACUGAAGGUUGGCUAGAGCCCUUACUGGAACGCGUAGCCAAAGACUCAACAAAAAUCGCCAGCCCAGUUGUGGACUACAUCCAUGACACCACUUUCGAGUACAUAGCUCAAGACAUCCAUGAGCUACAAAUCGGCGGCUUCAAUUGGAACUUGAAGUUCCAAUGGAACAGUGUACCUGGUGACGUGUUGCUAAAGAGAAAAGAUAUAGCAGCUCCUAUCAAAACGCCUGUUAUAUCUGGGGGUCUUUUUGCUAUCAGCAAGGAUUGGUUCAAAAAAUUAGGGUACUAUGAUGACGGCUUCGAGAUUUGGGGAGCUGAAAAUCUGGAAUUGUCGUUCAAAACGUGGAUGUGUGGAGGUUCUUUGGAGAUUGUGCCAUGUUCACACGUGGGACAUGUAUUCAGGAAGAAAUUCCCUUACAAGGGACAGAAGGGAUCCUUGAUCAGAAAUUCUGUGAGGCUAGCUGAGGUGUGGAUGGACGACUACGCCCAAUAUUAUUACGAAACUAUUGGGAAACAAAAGAUUGACUAUGGCAACGUAUCAUCUCGCGUAGAACUACGCAAGAAGCUCCAAUGUAAAUCCUUCCAGUGGUAUUUGGAAAAUGUAUACCCUCAGCUGGACAUACCUGAGAACUUAGUGGCUAGUGGCCAGAUAUACAGUGAGAGUAAUUUGGCUGGAUGUCUAGACGCAUCUGUAGACCUUACUGAGAACAAUCAUUGGGGCAUCGGCUUUUAUCCGUGUCACGGGCAAGGUGGUAACCAGUAUUGGACAUACUCUCCUGAUGGUGAAAUCAAACGGGAGGACAAGUGUUUAGAUUACAUAUUUUCUAUAGUAACCCUAUAUAUUUGUGGUGGCCGCUCGCAAGUUUGGAUCUACGAUACUAAGACGAAGCACAUUCGGCAUAUGGACACACAGAAGUGCUUGCAGGUGGCCAAGUUUUCUGAAGGAUUGAGACUGAUCUUGGAGAAGUGUUCUACUUCUAGCGCUCAGAUGUGGGUGGUAGAGAACUUUAUAGUCGACAGGCUUGCACCGGAGUUGCAGGUUUAUUCUAAAAGACAUUGA